CUCGACACUGCUCGGACAUAUUUCAAAGGCGAAACCCAUAAGUGGCUUGAAUUCUCAUCAUUCGAAGUCUGAAGCAUUGCGAACAUGUCGGGCAAGAUUACGUGCUAUUUGGACUGCGUAUCACCUUAUUCAUACUUCGCUCUGCUCUAUCUUGAAAAACAUCGAGAAGUGCUUAGCUCGCACAAUGUGGAGAUUGAAAUAGUUCCCGUCUUUCUGGGCGGCAUCAAUGUCGGCAGCGGCAACAAGCCCCCAUGGACUCUCCCCGCGAAAGCUGCUUAUUCCAAAUUUGACAGUGCGCGAGCAAAACGCUACUUCGGGGUACCAAAUAUUCAAACCCCCUCGUUCUUCCCUAUUCUCUCACUACUACCACAGCGAGCACUAUGCUAUCUUAAAGAAGUGCACCCAAAGACCUUCAUCUCUAUCUUUCUUUGCCUUUUCCAAGAGAUGUGGGAGGGUGGGAAGGACGUCAGUAACCCUGAAGUCCUCGCAGAGGUGCUUCAGGGCCGACUAAAAGAGGAUGAAGUCAAAGCGGUGAUGGAGAAUGCAAACAGUGCACCGUACAAACAGCGCCUGAACGACAAUACGAAAGAAGCCCUCGACCGCGGAGCCUUCGGUUGCCCCUGGUAUUUCGUGCGGAACUCGAAAGGAGAUGAGGAGCCAUUUUUCGGGAGCGAUAGGUUCCACUACAUGUGGGAGUACCUGGGACUGCCAUGGAAAGACAUUGAGCUGCAGGUGCCAGGAUCUUCGAAAGCCAAAAUUUGAUAGAUGUGAGUCGGGAAGCUUGCAUACGAGCUUGGUGCGUGGGUUUAGAGAGGACGAAUGCUGAAGCUUGGAGCUUCAUCAUAGAUUCAGAUCUUCGUGAACGUGCGUUCAGACAAUUCUGCAACAUCAGUAAGAUUGUCUUCAAUUCUCUGAUACUUCUCUCACAGUCUAUUCUCUGUCUUCGCCCUCGAACCAUCUCGCCUACCUUUUGAAACAUCUGCAAUACCAAACUUUA